GGAGGUGGCCAUCCGGCUGGGUGGCACCAGGGAGGAGGGCCUGUCACCUAUGCUCAGGCCCGCGCCUGUCUAGCCCGCUGCGCCGCCCGCCCCGCGAUCUCGCCAGGCCGGCCACUGAGGCGUUUGAGCUGCGCUCGGUGGACCGGGCCGUGCCGGCCAGGAGGGAGGAAGGGACUGUGUCAGGACCCCGGGCCAGCGCAGAGAUCGGAACCUUCCUUCUGUCUUUAGGCCGUCAUAGUCCUUGAGAGCUUUUCUCGAGGCAGUUCCCUUCCGUGGGUCACCGGGUAGGGGAUGCCGGAGGGUCCGCCCAGCCCGGAUCCAUUCAUUCCCUCUCCGCCUGCCGGGAGCAGGCGGGCAGGUACGACGUUGAGGUGGCAGGAAUCCCCUACCCUCUGGAAGCUUUCAGCCUGAUGUGAAAUUAAAUAAAUCUAUUCCCUUUAUUACCACGGAGAUCUUAGAGAAUUACCUGAGCAUCAAGUUCACAUGUGUCAUAUUUCACAGGCUGCUGUUGGACAACAAAAUAUUCUCUCACUUCUGAACAUUAACAGGAGUUUUUAAACAUGUUGUUUAACUACAGGUCCAGUUUGAAGAAGGAUAUUUAAGUCAUUACAGAGAGGAAAACAGUAUUUUGUUCUCAGUUGUACAAAGUCUCCAAGUAAGUCAGAGAAAAAUAAAGAACCCUGGUGAAACUUGGAGUGCAGGUGAGGUCCGAUUAGGCUUAUCACAGGUUUCUCAUCUGUGGAUAUGCUCCCAAAUCAGUCCUCUUCCUCCUGAAUGCCAGCCUGAAAACCAGCAGGUCAAAUGAUGGAUGAGUCAGAUGAUGAUUUCAAAGAUCUCUGUGCCAGCUUUUUCCAAAGGGUAAAAAAAAAUGCCACCAAGGAAGUGUCAGGAGAAAGGAAGACACAAAAGGCCUCCAACAGUACUCAAAAAAGAAACAAACUGAAAAAGCCUGAUCAAGUUGCUACCAGGAGCAACUUGAUACUUCAAGAUCCCUCAGAGAAGAAGCCUCGAUCGGGCAGCCAGGCCCCUAGGACUAAAAAGCAAGCUGCAACCAAAUCCAGAAAAGGAGAACUGGCUGUCUCUGAGAAUGGAGAGGGAGGUGUGCUUGUUCCUGCUGCAGAUCAGCCUGUGUUGUGUGAAAAAGCACCAAGCAUUCAGACAGAGAGUGUUCCCAAUGGCAACUCCCAACCCUCUCCAUCCUGCCUCACUAUGACUCCUGUGCCAAGUCCCUCCAAACCCCGAGCCUCAGAGCUGGUUCUCCAACGGAUGCAGCAGUUCAAGAGAGCAGACCCUGAGCGCUUGAGACAUGUUUCAGAAGAGUCCUCCCUUAAGACCACCCUGGAAGAAAAUGUUCCAAAGACCCCUCAAGAGAAGAUGGUUCUGGGAAAUGGGUAUAAGCCCAAGCUCCCUGCCACAGACAGCGAUGCUGCUGUGGCCUUGGCCCUGCAACAGGAAUUCGGACAGGAAGGAGCAUCUGCACCUGAUGACAGCCUGGAGGAGAAGGGGUUGUUCUUCUGCCAAAUGUGUCAGAAAAACCUCUCAGCAAUGAAUGUGACUCGGAGGGAGCAACAUGUGAACAGAUGCCUAGAUGAGGCAGAAAAGGCACUGAGACCUGCCAUGCCUCAAAUCCCUGAUUGCCCAAUUUGUGGUAAACCAUUCCUCACCACCAAGAGCCGAAUCAGUCACUUGAAGCAGUGUGCAGUGAAGAUGGAAGUGGGGCCCCAACUCCUGCUUCAGGCUGUGCGGCUGCAGACAGCCCAGCCCAAGGAGGGCAGCAGCCCUCAGGCACCCAGCAACCACAUUGGAGGUUUGAAACGGAAAGGAGCCACCAACAAGAAGGAGCCACAAAAGAGGCGGAAGGUCAACAGGCCUGAGGCUCCAUCUGAGGACAUGCUGGUGGCCAUGGCUCUCUCUCGCUCUGAGAUGGAACAGUGUCCAGCUGUGCCCACACUCAGCCUAGAAAGUGCUUUUUCUGAGAAGAUAAAGCUAGGAGCAGAGAAGAAAAGUCGCAAGAAGAAACCCCUGGUUUGCCCCCCACAAUUGUUAGUCCAAGACUCUGAGACCACAGGUAGACAGAUUGAAGAUCGUGUUGCCCAGCUCCUGUCAGAGGAAAUGGAGCUGUCCAGCACCCCACCACUUCCUGCCAGCAGGAUUUUCAAAGAAGAAUUGGAAGAGGCAACCUGGCGUCUGCAGCUGCCCAAAGGAAAGCAGAACUUUCUGUGGGAGGGCAGUGCCCUCACAGGAGCCUGGGCUGAGGAGUCCUUCUACACAAUGGGCCUGGUUCCUCCAAUCAUGCCCCGAAAGCCUACCAAGGAACCUGAGCUACCACUGGCAUUGCCCAAGCAGCUAGAGCCAGGUAUACAAAGGCCACCUGCUCACCACAGCAACCCUCCUAUGGGCCAUAGCCCCAGGAACCAGUUGCUGUCCUCCAGCCAGAGGGAGCAUCAAGCCCUGCAGGACCUUGUAGACUUGGCAGAGGAGGGGCUGAGUGCCAGCUCAUGGCCCAGUAGUUUGGGAGUACCCACAGGGUUGGAUUUGGUACCUAACAGCCCUCCACUCACUGGGUUCAUCCUGCCAUCCAAGGAGAAGCCCCUCAAGAAGGGUGGCCAUGCUUCGCUCUCCCUUGGGUUGCUGGCAGCUGACUUUGGGGCCAUGGUCAAUAACCCACACCUGAGUGAUGUCCAGUUCCAGACCGACAGUGGGACAGUGUUUUAUGCUCACAAGUUUGUUCUUUAUGCCCGAUGUCCACUUCUCAUUCAGUAUGUAAACUCUGAUGGCUUCUCUGCAGUAGAGGAUGGAGAUCUGACUCAGCGCAUCCUGCUGAAUGAUGUGAGCCCUGAGGCUGCCCAUGCUUUCCUGAACUAUCUCUACAUGGCGGACACUGACCUGCCUCCCAGCCUGGCUCCUGACCUGCGCUCCCUGGCCCUCAGGUUUGGAGUGCACGACCUUGUUCAUCUGUGUGAACAGGUGCCUGUUAUGACAGACCUGGAAGGAGAGCUGCAGGAGGAGAAGGAAGAUAAGAAUUGUGAAAGCAGAGCAGAGAAUUUCCAAGAACUCUUGAGGUCAAUGUGGGUAGAUGAAGAGGAGGAAGCAGAGACUUUGUUGAAAUCUGAGGUCUGUGAAGAAGACAGAGAAAAAGUGAAUGAAGCAGAAAUGGAAGAAAUUUAUGAAUUUGCAGCUACUCAGCGGAAGCUGCUCCAGGGGGAAAGAGCAGCAAACUCAGACAACAACACUGGCAGGGUUAGGGAUGUCAAUCCAGUUGCUUGGCCUACCCUGGCAGAUGUCCAGGGUAAUGGACAGUUGGAAAAGGCAGAGAAAAUGGAGUCAUCUAAGCUAGGAAAAAAAGAGACCCUAACCAGCUGGGAAAAUACAAGAUAUUCCUUUCUGCUACUCCAUGGCCAGUGCUCAGAUAGGGCAGGGGAGGUGGAGACCAAAGAGCAACAGGCUCCAAGGGAGGCAGGUAGCCACCCCAGCUCCUGCAGCCCUUCUGGAAGCCCACGGGUAAGGAGUAAAGAAGGAUCUCUUUUGUACCCAGUCAAGACCCAUGAUUACAAACAGCUCUUUGUAUCAACUCAAAGAGAAUUCUCUGAACUGUCCCAAAUAACAGUGGAUCACAAACAGCUAAGUGACACUGUCAAGGAGAGGCAGGUAGAGAAAUCCCACUCCUCCUCUCCAGAGGAGAUACUUCCUUCAUGCCCCCACUUCCUCCUGUCACAGUCCCCUACAGAUGCAAGUCCCAGCCAGUCAUGGCAUCACCUUUAUUCCACAAGUGAUUUAUCCCCAUCUGUGUCCCAGUCACACAGUGGCAUUUCCAAGGUGGCUUCUCCAAGCUCACCGUCUCCAGUUACCCCAGCAAAGCAGAGGAGGAACAGAAGUGUUCUCACAUUACUCAAGGAACCAGGCCAUCAGAAAGGCAAACGAGGUAGUUCCAUGUUGGAAUGCAAAAAUAGGGGCAUCCUAACUUCCCCAGCAAAAUCUCUACCCAUUGACUUGACCCAGUCAGUAUCUGACCACUUGAGUUCCAAGACUCAGGAUCCUCCAUGCCAUGUGAAGAAAGAGGAUGAGAUCAUCCUUUUACUGGAUUCAGAUGAAGAGCUAGAACUAGAACACAACAAAACAAAGUUGAUUUCUAAUGAUUCCUCAGAAGAGAGGAAAGUUCUAGAAGUUAGCCCCAAGUCUUCUGAGCUGUUUUCAGUCAUUGAUGUUGAUGAGGAGCAGGAACAUUUCCAAAGCUCAUUGAAGAGAGAAGCUGAGCUACAGCAGGAAGAGGUAGAGGGACAGCAGGAGAAUCAGGCUGUUCUGGGGAGCAGAGGGAUCCCCUGGCUGUUCUGCAACCAGAACAGCCCAGAUGAGGAUAGCACCACAGACACCUCCUGGCUGGUGCCUGCCACCCCACUGGCCAGCAGGAGCCGUGACUGCUCGGCACAGACCCAAAUCACAAGCCUCAGGACCAGGACUCUGGGGGAUGAGACUGCUCAUCUCACACCCAGGGCUUCCUUAGAGCACUGGAGAAUGCAGGAAGCAGCCCAGAAAUUCUCAGUUAUCAUGCCACAAGCAUUGCCUGUUGUUCCAGGAACGUCUGACAGUGGAAGGCAGGCCUACAGAAGCCCUUCCCAUCCCUAUUCCAGGUGCCACAAGCUCUCUUCUCCACAGCCAUCAUGUCCUCUUCCUGAUUUAACCAGGCGGUCCCAGAAACUCUUACCACCUGGGCCAUGUCUGUCAAAUCAGGCUGCAGCCGAUGAAGUGGUAGAAGUUGGGGACAGUGACGAUGAGCAGGAGAUGGCUUCCCAUCAGGAAAAUGGCAGCUCCCUUCUGGAUGGUGACCUCCCAGUUCCCAUGGGCAACUGCUGUUGGCAUGUUGAGCCCCUCUCCCCAAUUCCAAUUGACCACUUGAACCUGGAGCGGACUGGUCCCCUAAGCACCAGCAGUCCCAGCAGCCAGGCCCAGGAGGCUCUGUAUGAUAGUAACUGCCACUCCCCAGGACUCCUGGGCACCACCCCCAUCCAGGGAAGUUGUGCUGCCCAGAGAGAUUCUCAAGAGCAAUCCCCACAAGCCAGCUCCCCAGGGAACAGCAAGCUAAGCUUCCUGAAUCCAGCUCUGUGGGAUGACUGGAACGAGGACGAUCAGAACUCUCCAGAGGCGGCUCCUGCAGCCCAGACUCCAAGUGCCAGAGCUCAGAAACCAGAAGGGCCAGAGACACCAAAAGGUGCUAACAGGAAAAAGAACUUGCCCCCCAAAGUGCCUAUAACUCCAAUGCCAAGGUAUUCCAUCAUGGAGACUCCAGUACUGAAGAAAGAACUGGACAGGUUUGGAGUCCGUGCUCUGCCCAAACGCCAGAUGAUUCUAAAACUGAAGGAGAUUUUCCAGUACACUCACCAGACCCUGGAGUCAGACUCUGAAGAUGAGAUCCAGUCCUCCCAGGUGUCCCCAGGAGUCCCUUGCAGCCAAGCCCCUGCCAUCAAGUCCAACAAGCGAUCAAGGUCAGGAGGUUACACCCAGCUCAAGACCACUGCAGGUCUUGGCACUCAAAGGUCCAAGGGUUCCACUAAGACCAAGGGCCCUCAACAUCGAAAGAAGCAGCUCAGUGAAAGCAUCCCCCACCCAAGCAGGUCACCAGCUGGGGAGCCACCUCCAGACCCUAAUGGCAAUGCCCAGCUCCCAGCCUUCCAAGAAUCCAUCGCUGCCUCUGUGGAUGGCAGUGACAGCUCCUUUGGCUCUCAAAGCUCCUCCUGUGAGUUUGGAGCUGCCUUGGAGUCUGCAGGUGAAGACAAGGAGGGUGAAGAAGGGGUCGGUGCAUCACAGGCAGCCAUCCAGGCAGCCAACACAGAGGAGACAGUGAGACGCUAUAUCUGCUCCAAGCCAGCCCUGUACCGCAAGGUACUGAUGUACCAGCCCCUCGAGCUAGCUGAGUUACAGGCUGAACUGAAACAGGAUGGCAUCCACGUGGCCAUGGGCAAGCUGCUGGACAUCCUGGAUGCUCAGUGCAUCACCUUCACGACUGCAGCAGCCAGAAAGGAGAAGCUGAAGCAGAAGAGGCGGCAGCACUUCGGCCGAAAGAAAAAGGGAAGGGAAUGACAGGCCCCACCCUACUAGCCACCUGCCAGAGGACCUGAGCACCUAGUGCAAAUCAGGCCUCCAUAAUCAUCUCUGCCUUGGGACCUCAGCCUGUGUCUGUGGAAAGGACAACAGCCCACUCAUCCUUCUCUGGCUUCCAGCAGCUGGUCAUGUCACUCAAUGAAUUCAGAGCCAGACCCCUCCUUUUUUUUGCCCCAGCAGGGUUCUCACCUGUGUCUUCCUGAGAGGCAGUGUACCACACAGCUGGCCAGGGCAAGGCCUGAUGCUUCCCCACCUGUCAUUCUGUGUCCAUUACACCCAAGCACAACUGCCCCAUGAGGUGUUCUGAGACGGGCAUCAGGUCCAGCCUGCCUUCCCAACACUCAAACCAAUCCCAGCCACACAGCAGUCCAGGCCUUCAUGGGCUUCCUGUACCACCACAGCACAGGUGCUCUUCUGACCCAGUGCCUGCCCAGAUAUUUAUCACUGUCACCAGCAUCCUCCAAGCAGGACCGCGAAUAAGGGCCCAGCCCAACUCUGAAGACACCCCCCUCCAAGCAAGCAUGCUCUUUGCAGGCUCUACGUACAUGUGGUAAAGCCUCCUUGACUCCACAGCCAUGUGGGCCCUGGGGAGGGCCAGAGAAGAAAAAAGUUUGGGUCUCCAUGGCCUGUGAAUGUCCUUAUCUGUUUUAAAUACAGUGUGGUUGGUUUUAUAUGAUGUGCAAUAAAAACAAAGAAGGCUUUAUAGAUGCUACUCCAGAAAA